AUGAGAAAAGGAGGGAAAAAACAAGGUGGAAGAGGUGAAUUGCUAAAUCCAUGUCGAUGUGAUGGAUCAGUGAGGUACACACAUCAGCUCUGCCUUCUAAAAUGGAUUAGUGAAAGAGGCUCUUGGACCUGUGAACUUUGCUGCUAUAGAUACCAAGUUAUAGCAAUCAGAAUGAAGAAACCAUGCCAGUGGCAGUGCAUAACUGUAACUCUGGUUGAAAAGGUUCAAAUGAUUGCUGUGAUCCUUGGAUCUCUUUUCCUCCUAUCAAGUGUUACAUGGCUUCUGUGGUCAGCAUUUAGCUCACAAGCAGUAUGGCAAAGGAAAGACAUUCUUUUUCAAAUUUGCUAUGGCAUGUAUGGCUUCAUGGAUCUUGUUUGCAUAGGUUUAAUAGUCCAUGAAGGAGCAGCUGUGUACAAUGUUUUCAAAAGAUGGCGAGCUGUAAAUCUGGAAUGGGAUGUUUUGAAUUAUGACAAAGCUGCAGAUAUUGAAGAAAGCAGUAAUGCUGUGCCUUCAACAAGUAGAACAUUGUGGUUGCCACUGACUGCAUUCAGAUCAAGGACCUUAGUCCAUCCUACACAGUUGAGCUCUCCCCGACUGCAGUGUGGUUAUGUACUACUACAUUUGUUUAAUCAAAUGAGGCCUCCACAGGAAGAUUCCCCUGAGGACACACAUUCCGGUGAAGUUGUAAUGAGAGUAACUUUUGUAUAAAGAAUAUGGUCACUCUGCUAGAAAUAGGAUAACGGAUGUUCCACAUUUGCGGAUGGUAUUUUGAAAUGUUGGUGAAAUUAGCCCAAAGCACUUUGAGAUUAUUUAAAUAUAAAUUCAAAUUUUUUUAACUUAAAUUCUUUUUUAGAACUGUUCUACUGAAAUGCAGUUUUCUGAUUAAAAUCUAUUUUUCACAA